UCCCGACCUGUUUGAGGGAGACAUCAAACUAACUUCAGGACAAAGAACAGAACUGGAGACGAGAGGAGAAAGAGCAUCCAUCAACUACAGACUAUGGCCUAACGCACAGAUUGUCUACGAUGUURAAGCCUCUAUUUCUAGCGAGCCUCGAGCUAUGGCCAGGCUGAACGAAGCCAUUGCUGAGUACCACCAGAAGACAUGCAUUCGCUUCAAGAAGAGAACAACAGAAAAAGCUUACRUCUCCGUGUUCAAAGGAAGCGGAUGCUGGUCAUAUGUCGGGCGCACUGGAAGAAUGCAGCAGUUAUCUCUGGCUAGUGGAUGUUGGCACAAAGGAAUUGUAAUUCACGAAUUUGGUCAUGCUCUUGGUUUCUUCCAUGAACAGUCUCGUCCCGAUCGAGACAACUACGUGGAAAUCAAAUUCGAAAACAUUCGAACAGGCAGAGAAGGAAACUUCAAGAAGCACUCUUCAGGUAUUAACUCUCAGGGCACAACAUACGAUUAUGGUAGCGUGAUGCAUUAUGGGUCAAGAGCUUUCUCCAAGAAUGGAAAGCCGACAAUAGUCUCCAAGAAAGCAGGGGUGACACUUGGACAGAGAAGAGGAUUAAGCACUAUCGAUACAAUCCAACUGAACAGAUUGUACAAAUGUGGAAUUGCAACACCAACACCAGUUCCCGUAACAAAUCCUCCUCCGCUAGGAUCUGUCUGUGAUUUUGAACGGGAUACCUGUGGCUUUACUCAGAGCAAAAGCGACAAGUUUGAUUGGACGAGAAAAAGCGGACCCACUCCGUCAAGAGGAACAGGACCAACCGGUGACCAUACUACUGGAAAUGGCUACUACAUGUACAUUGAAACAUCUUACCCACGAGUCAAGGGUGAUAAUGCUGUUAUCGAGAAACAAGUGACUCUCACUGGCAAGGAAUGUCUCAAGUUCUUCUAUCAAAUGAAUGGCAAUAGUGUUGGUACUCUGAACGUGUACGUUGGUAACACCAAGGUGUUUAGCAAGUCUGGUAGUCAAGGACAACCAUGGAAGGCAGCUGAAGUACGCCUAUCUCAAAGUGGAUCACAAAAGAUUCGAUUUGAAGGUGUUCGAGGAGUAUCUUGGCAGGGAGAUAUAGCAAUUGAUGAUAUUUCAUUCCCUAAAUGCGGUGGAGGAACUCCACCACCAAUACCGCCGACGCUGCCACCAACUACUCCACCUCUUCCAAAGCUCAACUGCAACUUUGAUGCUAAUGUGUGCGGGUUUACCCAACGCAAAGGAGAUAAAUUUGAUUGGACCAGAAAAUCUGGUGCYACGCCGUCCAAAGGAACUGGUCCAAAUGGUGACCAUACAUCAGGAAAAGGCUACUACAUGUACAUUGAAACAUCUUAUCCACGAGUCAAGGGUGAUAAUGCUGUUAUCGAGAAACAAGUGACUCUCACUGGCAACGAAUGUCUCAAGUUCUUCUAUCAAAUGAAUGGAAAUUCUGUUGGUACUCUGAACGUGUAUGUUGAUAACMCCAAGGUGUUUAGCAAGUCUGGUAGUCAAGGGCAACCAUGGAAGGCAGCUGAAGUGCGCCUAUCUCAAAGUGGAUCACAAAAGUUGUCUUUUGAAGGUAUUCGUGGAAUUAAUUGGCAGGGAGAUAUUGCUAUCGAUGAUGUCUCGAUCUCCGCAUGUGCUUCAGGAACACCACCCCCACCCCAGACUACUCCUCCACCCCAGACUACUCCUCCACCUCAGACUCCUCCUCCUGCAACAGCACCACCAGGUUCAUGCGGUGUCCGUCCACACACGAGAAUCGUAGGAGGCACAGCCGCUAAGCAUGGUGACUGGCCUUGGCAGGUUCAGUUAAGAACUAGAUCCGGGUUCCCAUACUGUGGUGGAUCUCUGAUUCAUCCUCAAUGGAUUCUCACCGCUACUCACUGUGUCUCUGGGAAAUCAGCAAGCUCCAUUGUCAUCAGGCUUGGAGCUCACAGACGCAUCCAGACUGUUGGCACAGAACAGGAUAUUAAGGUAUCCAAGGUCAUUACUCAUCCUAGUUACCACAAGCCAAAGUCGUACUCUCAUGACAUCGCCUUGUUGAAGCUGGAGAAACCUGCUCUACUCAAUCGAAACGUCAACCUGGUGUGUCUGCCUGAAACUGACCCGGCUCCUACUGAUGGCAAACACUGCUGGAUCACAGGAUGGGGACGCCUUUCAUCAGGAGGUGCAACACCAGAUUUCCUUCAACAAGUGUCUGUCCCAAUUGCUAGCCGUGCUCGUUGUGACAAAGCUUACCCAAAUAAAAUCCACGAUUCUAUGAUUUGUGCUGGUAUUGACCAGGGUGGUAUUGACUCAUGCCAAGGAGACUCUGGUGGACCAAUGGUCUGUGAAAAUGGAGGUCGAUUCUUUAUUCAUGGGGCUACCAGCUGGGGUUAUGGCUGCGCUGCUCCUGGCAAAUUUGGUGUCUAUGCCAAGGUCAAGUAUCUCCUUCCAUGGAUAAAAGGAGAAAUGGCCAAGAACGGCUUAAAUACGAACGCUCGGCUGCGAGAUUUCAAUCAAGUUCACAAGAUGAUGACUUUAGUUUGGUUGAGUUUUUUUGCAACUGCUGCUUUUGGAGGAGUCGUAGGAUCUGUCUGUGAUUUUGAACGGGAUACCUGUGGAUUUACUCAGAGCAAAAAAGACAAGUUUGAUUGGACGAGGCGCAGGGGAUUCACUCCGUCACUUAGAACAGGACCAAAUGGAGACCAUGCUACUGGAAAAGGCUACUACAUGUACAUUGAAACAUCUUAUCCACGAGUCAAGGGUGAUAUUGCUGUUAUCGAGAAACAAGUGACUCUCACUGGCAAGGAAUGUCUCAAGUUCUUCUAUCAAAUGAAUGGCAAUGGUGUUGGUACUCUGAACGUGUAUGUUGGUAACACCAAGGUGUUUAGCAAGUCUGGUAGUCAAGGACAACCAUGGAAGGCUGCCGAAGUGCGCUUAACUCAAAGUGGAUCACAAACGAUACGAUUUGAAGGUGUUCGAGGAGGAUAUUGGACAGGAGAUAUAGCUAUUGAUGAUAUUUCAUUCCCUAGAUGCGCUCCAGAGCUCAACUGCAACUUUGAUGCUAAUAUGUGCGGGUUCACCCAACGCAAAGGAGAUAAAUUUGAUUGGACCAGAAAUUCUGGUGSUACGCCGUCCAGAGGAACUGGUCCAUAUGGUGACAAUACAUCAGGAAAAGGCUACUACAUGUACAUUGAAACAUCUUAUCCACGAGUCAAGGGUGAUAAUGCUGUUCUCGAUAAACAAGUGACUCUCACUGGCAAGGAAUGUCUCAAGUUCUUCUAUCAAAUGAAUGGAGCUCAUAUUGGUACUCUGAACGUGUAUAUUGGUAACACUAAGGUGUUUAGCAAGUCUGGUAGUCAAGGGCAACCAUGGAAGGAAGCCGAAGUGCGUUUAACUCAAAGUGGAUCACAAAGGCUGUCAUUUGAAGGUAUUCGUGGAAUAUUAUAUAACGGAGAUAUUGCUAUCGAUGAUGUCUGGAUCUCAACUUGUGGUUCAGUACGACCUCCUGUUCCUACGACUCCUCCUCCUCCUCCAGUGUGGGCAGGUUUAUGCGGCAUCACUCCAAGCAAAAGAAUCGUGGGAGGUACGGCAGCCAAGCAUGGCGAAUGGCCUUGGCAGGCUCAACUGGCAACUAAUUCCAGAUUCGCCUUCUGUGGUGGAUCUCUGAUUCAUCCUCAAUGGAUUGUCACCGCUGCCCACUGUGUCUCUGGGAAAACAACACGCUCCUUCUUUAUCCGGCUUGGAGCUCAUAGACGUGUUCAUAACGUUGGCACUGAACAGGACAUUAAGGUAUCCAAGAUUAUUAGUCAUCCUAGUUAUAAAAGACCAAGGACGUACUCUAAUGACAUCGCCUUGUUGAAGCUAGUGAAACCUGCUCAACUCAACCGACACGUCAAUCUGGUUUGUCUGCCUGAAACUGACCCRGCUCCAACUGAUGGCACCCAAUGCUCAAUCACAGGAUGGGGGCACCUUUCAUCAGGAGGGCCAUCCCCAGAUUACCUUCAACAUGUGUCUGUCCCCAUUGCUAGCCGUGCUCGUUGUGUCAGAGCAUAUGGAUAUAAAAUCGACGAUUCUAUGAUUUGUGCUGGUGUUGACAAGGGUGGUAUUGUCACAUGCCAAGGAGACUCUGGUGGACCAAUGGUCUGUGAAAAUGGAGGUCGAUUCUAUCUUCAUGGGGCUACCAGUUGGGGUAAUGGCUGCGCUAAACCUGGUAAAUUUGGUGUCUAUGCCAAGGUCAAGUAUCUCCUUCCGUGGAUAAAGAACGAAGUAGCAAACAACUGAUUGCAAUAAACGGGAAAAUAAACGCAUGUUUAUCAAACUA